GUCAUAAUUUUGCCCGUUAUGACAAUAAUAGCCAAAUUUUGAAAAAUACACAAAUAUAGCCAUUCCGUCAAUAACUUUAACAGAGUAGUAAUAAAUGCUGACUAUACUAACGGUGUUUGCUGACAUCGCAAAUUUUCAUAAAAAACUAUGCCAAGAUGGAAAUUAUUCUUUUUUAAUUAAUUGAAAAUUCCUUAAAAAAAUCUCAUCCGUUCUUGUACUUUUCUUCUUCCUCGGAGCUCUCCACAUUCCACCUCUAUUCCGCCGUGCCUUCAAGCACUCUACCCUCAAUUGAUUCGAGAAAUCAGCUCUCCGCCUUAAAAAAAUCCCAGAUCGCUUCAAUUAUCACCACCAAUAGCUUCAUUGAAGCCCUGUACACUUCUUCCCCUUCCAGGCCUUCCUCUUCUUCUCGCCGUUGCCAAUCCUCUGGCCGCAUCCACCAGCUUUGUCGCCGACUAGAAGCAAGCGACGAGGCAGAGCACUGGCCUCACCCGCAUCGCGUCGUCGAGGAGCGAGUACCAUAUUGAUUCAUGGAUUUUCACCAGUCGCAUAUACCUUUAAUUACAUUUCUCUUCCGCCAGUCGCCUCUUCUUCUCGACUGAAGAUUGAUAAUUUAUAUACGCGACAAAGGACUCGACGCGGACGGACUGGGUUCCGGGACGAAAAGGAUCAGGACGAAUGAGGCUGGGUUGCUUUAAUCCAGCCAAGAUGACAAUAAAACCCCAUUUUACAGAGAGAGAGGAAGAAGUCAAUUUUCUCUAUGGCGCCAGAUUAGACAGAGGCAUCAGAUCUCGCUGCCAAUAGCCUACAAGAAAUUGAAAUUGCUGGCUGUAAGUGAUGGAGGGUUUGAUUUUUCGAUUUUUCGAUUUUUGGGUCUCCCUGUUCUUUCUCCACUUCUUCCUUCUCUCCUCAUUGCAAUUUCUGGGUUACAUAAGGAUUUUGGGAAUGACGACACAUAGGCUGGGAGAGAUGGAGAUGUAGGGUUUGAUUUUUUGGAUUUCAAAUUGGGUUGCGUGAAGUUUGGUGGGGUUUGGGCUUUGGGUUGCUGAACAUUCUCAUGUCGUCGAUUCAGGGUUUUAUGAGGAAAUUGGGUUUUUUUAUUGGAGUGGCGGGCUGCGAUGGCUGGAUGGAAGGGAUGGCGAAUGGCAGUGAGGGGGAGCCUGUUUCCAGAUCCCGAUAAUCUUUCUUCAUUUCACUAAAAAAUGAGGUGGCUGACACGUGGCUUGCAAUAGGUGACUCAUAUUUGACUUGUAGAUUACGUGUACGUCCACAUCAACAAAGAGUUAACAAUAUUAAAUUUUUUAAUGAAAAUGGCUAUAUUUGUUAAAUUAAUUUUAUUUUUUUUAAAUUAAGACAAUAUCUUUGUAUUUUUCAAAAGUUAGCUAUUAUCAUAACAACGUACGUGUGUAUUAAACCCCGACUAAAAUAAAGAGCGGGAUCUAUGCGGGCCCGAUUUCUUUCAGCUAGAGGGCUCGGCGGGUUUCCUGACUGCGCAAUUCCAACAACAAAGUCUGUUUGGCGCCACAAAGCAUCCAUUCCCUUCCGCUCCUUCACUCCACAAUUGCAGAGUUCUCGAGGGAAACUAGUAGUCAGCAGACCGCCGCAAGAUCCAACGACGCCACACAGCGCCAGCAGCAGCAGAAAAUAAGCGAAAAGGGAUGGCAGACGUUAGCUCGCCGAUGGACAUAGACCACAAUGGCGAGAAGCCGAACAAACACAACUCGUCAUCCAAAGGCAAAACCGUCGUCGUCGACGGCAAUCCUCCUGCCCAUCCCAAGUCUACACCCUGGGUCGAGAAGUACCGCCCUCAAUCGCUCGACGACGUCGCCGCUCACCGUGACAUUAUCGACACUAUUGAAAGGCUGACGAACGAGAAGAAAUUGCCGCAUCUGUUGUUGUAUGGACCCCCUGGUACGGGGAAAACGUCCACAAUACUCGCUGUGGCGCGCAAACUCUACGGCCCUGACUACCGUAAUAUGAUUCUGGAACUGAAUGCUUCGGAUGAUAGAGGAAUUGAUGUUGUGCGGCAGCAGAUACAAGACUUUGCUAGCAGUCAGAGCUUCUCAUUCGGUCCUAGGUCAUCUGUGAAGUUGGUUUUACUCGAUGAGGCUGAUGCUAUGACUAAGGAUGCACAGUUCGCCUUGCGCAGAGUGAUUGAGAAAUACACAAAGAGUACACGGUUUGCCCUCAUCUGUAACCAUGUGAACAAAAUUAUUCCGGCACUACAAUCUCGAUGUACGCGAUUCCGAUUUGCUCCCCUUGAUCCCGUUCAUGUCAGUGGACGAUUGAGACACGUCAUAGAGUCUGAACAGCUUGAUGUGACUGAAACUGGCUUAGCAGCUCUUGUACGGCUUAGCAAUGGUGACAUGAGGAAGGCUUUGAAUAUUUUGCAGGCAACACAGAUGGCCUCAAAGCACAUUACAGAAGACGCUGUGUACCUCUGCACUGGAAAUCCUUUGCCUAAAGACAUUGAGCAAAUAUGUUUCUGGCUUUUAAACGAAUCAUUUUCAGAUGGUUUCAAAUGUAUUGCUGAAAUGAAGAACCGAAAAGGAUUGGCUAUGGUGGAUAUAGUAAGAGAAGUAACAAUGUUCGUUUUUAGGAUCAAGAUGCCAUCAGAUGUCCGGGUCAAGUUGAUCAAUGAUAUAGCUGAUAUAGAGUACCGGUUGACUUUCGGGUGCAAUGACAAAUUGCAGCUUGGCUCUCUUAUUGCUUCUUUCACCGGAGCUCGCUCUGCUCUAGUUGCUGCGGCAAAGUAGAAUGUCCUUUUCUAAACUUUCCCUGGGAGUGGGUGAAUCUGCUUCUGAGGUCAACCAAGUAUUGAAUAUAGAGUAACUGAAUGAAGCCCAACCUACUGGAAACUAGUUGGUACGUUUUCUUUCUUAUCAUGGACCGAUUGGAGAAAUAGUACUGGCUAGGAGUUCCAUCUGCUACUCACAAACACGAUAAACAAAGAUUGAUGUU